AUGGCUGCCGUGAUAAAUGACUUUUUGAGGGGCGGCGCUGGGAUUCUUGCUGCCCGAAAGCCGUUUACCCUUGUCCUUGGCAACGACGGGGGCGAUAUGGAUAGCAUCAUUGGCUCAAUUUAUUUGUCUCUAUACCUGGAAAAAAAUGCCGAUUUGGGAGGUGGAAGUUAUAUUCCCGCACUAAACUUUGAAAAGGAGGAUCUUCCGUUGCGCAAUGAUGUCAUAAAAUUAUUUUCAAAGCAUGGUAUAGCAACGGAUUACUUACUUUCAGUUAAAGGAAAGCCAGGUAUUUCAGGUUUUUUGGAUCUAAAAUCAUCCCAACCCAAUGUCGUUUUGUAUGAUCAUAACAAGCUUAUUCCUGAACAAAGAUCUCUGUGUGAACGUGUCGUCGGUGUUAUAGAUCAUCAUUUUGAUGAGAAACUGUAUUUGGAUUCUUCUAGUCAAUUUCGAAGAAUAGAACCAACAGGUUCAGCUUGUACUCUUGUCGCAGAAUUGUUUCAAGAAGCGGAAUUGACGGUUCCAUGUCCGGAGCUUCUCUUAGCGCCCAUUGUACUUGACACCGUAAACUUUGAUCCAUCUCAAAAGAAAGUUACAGAAAAGGAUAUAAUGUUAUCCCAGUGGCUUAUAAAACAAGCUUCUGUUUUAAUUGAUCCGAAAAAGAUGUUUUUGGAGCUGUCAACAUGGAAAAAUGAUAUACUCGCUCUUACCUUCCCCCAACAUUUCCGCAGAGACUACAAGGACUUUGAAUUUUCAUUUGGGAAAAAUGAAGACAAACAAUUGCAAAUAGGAAUAAGUAGCAUUGCUUGUCGAUUUGAUGAGUUUCUUGGCUCAAGUGGAAUGAUGCAUCUUGCUUCCAACUGUCUCGAUUUUUUGCUGCCAAAAAAGCUGGAUGCUUUCCUCCUGGCUUUUGCUGGAGAAAGGGGAUAUAAAAAUUAUUGCCGACAGCUGGCUUUUAUUGCAAGGGGGAUCCUUCUUGAGGCGCUCAAAGAAUUUGCAGAGAGUUCACCUGAGGGUAUUUGUUUCACCAUUAUAGACAGAGCAGAACUGAAGGGAUGGAGACUAAUGUGUUAUGAUUUGAGUGAUCCUUCUGUUUCGCGGAAGCGGCUCGUACCAUCACUGAUGAAGUUUUUUGCCUCUUGGCCAAAACUGUAA